AUGCCGGCGUGGAUCUCCCGCCUGGCUCAGCCCCAGCAUCCCCCACUGUCCUCCAUGCAAGGGAAACGGGUGAACACGCCCCUGGUCAGCCUGACCGGCCACUUCAUCCUGAUUGAUCCGGGCAUGGAGCAGCUGCACGUCUGGAUCUCCAUCCCGUUCUGCACCACAUACCUGGCAGCCCUGCUGGGGAACAGUGUCCUGCUGUUCCCCAUGUGGAGCGAGCGCAGCCUCCACCAGCCCAUGUACCUCCUCCUGCCCAUGCUGGCCGUGGCUGACCUGGCACUCUCCACCACAGCGGUGCCCAGGGUGCUGGCUCUGGUCUGGUUCCGUGCCCAGGAGAUUUCCUUCGGUGCCUGCCUGACCCAGAUGUUCUCCCUGCUCACCUGCUGGGCGGGGUCGGCGAUCCCGCUGGCCACAGCCUUCGACUGCUCCAUCGCCGUCUGCCCCCGCUGUGCCAGGGGCCGUGCUGACCCCGGCGGCCGCGGCCAAACCGCCCUGGUGGCUUUGCUGAGGAGCUUCAGCAUCAUCGUCCCGUGCAUUUUCCUGCUGAAGUGGCUGCUGUUCUGCGGGCACAGCGUCAUCCUGCGCACCCACUGUGAGCACACGGGCACCCACAUCUCCCUCAGCAUCUGGUACCUCACGGUGCCUCUGGCCGUGGACCACAAGGCUGUCAACACCUGUGGCUCUCACAUCUGUGUUUUAGUCUUUUUCUGCGUUCCCGUUGCUUUCCUGGCUCUGACGCGACGCUUCAGCUGGAACAUCCCCCGCCACAUCCACGUCCUGCUGGCCAACCUGCACGUGCUGCUCCCACCGCUCUGAACCCCUCGUGUGCGGAGUGAGGGCACAGCAGAGCAGGGAGAAGGUUGUGAAGGUGUUCGUCUGCUCCAAGAGCCACUUCCUGGGAGAACAGGAGUGAAGGUGACAGACACCUUGAUGGGACUUCAAGCUCCCCACCCCAGAGUCUCCUUCAACUCUUUCAGGCAACAUUCCCAAGUCUUCUGCCAUCCCAGUCAAACACAGAACACCCGACACCCCCACACCGCUGUCCAUGAGUUUGGGGAAAAUGAAAGAUAAAGGCAAAAAUCAGGAUCUCUGUCAAUGGGAGGACAGCGACCAAAGAAAUGGGAACCUACCCCAGGCUGACCCAGAGCAGGUUACCUG